AUGGACUUAUUUAAGCAGUAUACAGUUAAGGUCUUGGAUUCAUGGACAGCUCUACGUCUUGGAUUAAAUCAAGAAUCUGGAGGUCCUAAUACACAGCAAAAGAUAAAGACUUUAUAUGAAUAUUUACCUCAGGUUGUUUCGAAGUCCAAAUACGAUGAUGAAAUAUGCGAUUUCUUAGAAGAUUAUCUGGAUGAUGAGCUGAACAUAAUAUGUGAGGAUAACUCAUACGAAGAAGUUGCACAUCUUUUAUUUGAGGCGAUACAGUUGGUUCGUAGCAAAAACACCACUGAACUGCAAAAUAAGAUCAGUAAUUUGACAACGGGUUGUGAUCUCAAACAGUGUGAAGGUAAGAUAGUAGCAGCAGAAGAGGUGGAAGUGGACGAAGAAAUGGAGGGAUCAUCUGGUACAGAGUCUGAAUCAGAAGGCGAAGACGUUAUUGAUAUGGAAUAG